AUGUUUCAUAUAACUCCGACUAGCGAACCCGAGGGCGGCAAUCGUGUUCCGAAGGCCUGUUUUCCAUGCGCCCGUGCAAAAGUGAGAUGUGAAAUCGAACAUGGAGCAGGUAUCUGCAAACGGUGUCAGCGGCUAAAGAAACCAUGCAGUGGACAGAUACCAGGCGCACAUAAGCGCAAGGAAGCUCAAAAAUCUGAUGUGACAAGGCUCGAGCAAAAGUUGGACGGAGUCACCGCAAUUCUUACAACGUCCGAGCGAAUAGGAGGACCUAGUUUCGAGGGACCAGCUCUGCUCUCACCCACGGCUAGUGUUGAGCAUUUCAUCAAGACCGAUGGCGAAGCGGAGUUGAUACUGGAGACAUAUCGAAGUUAUAUGGCGCCGUACUUUCCGUUUGUGGUCAUCCCGCCCAAUGUUGACGUCAACCGGUUCAAAGAGCAGAAACCUGUUCUCUUUUUGACGAUCGCGAUGGUUGGAUGCCGACAUGAUAGAUGGCAGCAGUCAGCACUGGGGAAGAGAGUGAGAGAGAUCAUCAGCCAUAAGGUUCUAAUCAAGGGAGAACAAAGCCUUGAUCUUCUUCAGGGACUACUCGUAUACCUCGCAUGGUAUCAUUUCCACCUUCAUCUUGGAAACCAACUCACCAAUCUCACUUACUUGACAAUUUCCAUGAUGACCGACCUCGGAUUGUACAAAGAGCCCAAUUCCAAGAGUCGUCUACGCUAUGCAAAUGGCAGUCUCAAACAUUUUCGCAAAGACCCAACACCAGCAGCAACGCGGACUCUGGAAGAGCGAAGAGCGUUUCUCGGUUGUUUCUACACCAGUGCCGUCGUCUCAAUAUGCGCCAGAGACAUUGAAACUGUCAGAUAUUCCAAAUAUGCCGAAGAAUGCUGUCACAUCCUGGGUGAGACGGCAGAAUAUUCAAGCGACCAAUAUCUCGUCCAGCUAAUUCGAUUAUAUUGCCUCGGAGAGAAAAUCAAUCGUACUCUCAAUCACGAUGAAAUCGAUACCUCUUCGGGUCUCUCGACUCCCAUAGGUGCCUGUGUCAAAUUAUUUGAAGUUGAACUACGACGGCUCAAGGCGUCACUGCCAUUGGAUAUGCCGCAAAGCAGUAAGUUCCAUAGUUCCCAAAACCACCCCACACUCACGGAGCAAGCAAUUCUUUUGGUUAAUUACCACGCCAUUGAGAUUGUAUUAUACGAGAUCGCAUUAAACGACAACAUCGAUCCCAUCAGAUACGGGAGUCUGCCCAUGACUCGACUCAACAUGCUCCACGCGUGUCUCAACGGCGCAAAAGCCUGCUUUGAAUUAUUCUAUACGACCCCGGUGUCCAUCUACUUCGACCUCCCUCACACGGUGUGGGCGCUGGUCGGCCACGCGAUUGCUGUCACAUCGAUGCUGACUGUCUUCGUCAGCGAUGGUUGGGAUCAGAACUAUGUCCAUAACACACUAAAUUUCUGCAGCGCGAUCGAUACCAUGGCGCAGAAGGUUGAAGAAGCAAAGGAGCAUGCACAAACAUCGAUUCGCCAAGUAAAUGGCUCGUCAAACGGAUCGACGCCGAGAAUUGCCCCUGAGAUCUUCAUGACACUGGCACCGAAACUUCAGAUGAUAAAAGAAGCGCACGAGGCGAGACGGCUUGCUCAAUUGAAAACAUUGGACAAUUCUCAAGUCGCCACUCCCUCCGAAGGAAGCAUCCCAGCUGCUGCUGCUGCUGGUUUCGAUGACGAUCCAACCAUGCCUGGUGCAGCGGCCUUGUUCGAAUUCCUCGACGACAGUUUCUGGCAGCAGUUUACAUGA